AUGGAUGUCAAGGGGUUAAUUGAAAGCCUCAAGGACGAUCUCACUUGCUCUAUAUGUCUGGGUUACUUCACUGACCCAGUGACUGUCAAAUGUGGCCACAGCUUUUGCACACAGUGUCUUCUCCAGUGCAGGGAGGGAGCUGAUGCCACAUUAACCUGCCCAGAGUGCAGAGGAGUCAUAAGAUCCUGCCAUUUGAUACCCAACAAGGGCCUGCAGAAUCUGUCCAUCACGGGCCAAAUGCUCAGACCUCAUUUACUGCAGAACAUGGUGGCCCUGACAACCUGUGGCCAACAUGGGGAAAAAGAGAAGCUCUUCUGUGAGGAAGACCAGAGACCCCUCUGUGAGUCUUGUUCAUUAGCCCCAGAGCACAAGGAUCAUCAUGUUCUUCCCAUGGACAAGGCUGCUGAAAAGUGGAAGGACAGCCUCCAGGAGACACGGACUGUCUUGCAGAGAAAAGAAGAGAAAUGUAAAGUUGCACUGAACAAAGUGAAAAGGAGAGAGGAAUAUUGUAAGGAGGAUUUACAUGCUCUGAAACAAUCAGUUAUGUCUGAAUAUGAGAAAAUUUACCAGUUCUUCCGGAAUGAAGAAGAUCGACACCUGCUGGAAUUGGAACAGGAAUUCAGAAACAACAUGGCAAAACACAAGACAAACAAGGCCAAACUAUUGCAGCAAAUCCAAAAUCUGCAAAGAAUGAUAUUAGAGGUGGAGGAGAAUUUGGACAAGGCACCCUCAGAAAUGUUCCAGGUUAUGAAAAUCCCAUUGGAAAAUAAUGAGGAGCAGCUACUUCAUGAACUAGAGGUUGAUUGUUCUACCUGGAGCACCUGCCCCAUCACUGGCUUGAGAGAAAUGCUCACAAACUUCCACAGGGAUAUAACUCUGGAUCCUGAAACAGCAGAUCCUCAUUUCAUCUUGUCUGAAGAUUUGAAGCAUGUCGAGUGUAGAGGCGUCCAACAGGAUCUGCCUGACAACCAAGAAAGAUCUGAGGUUGCUUUCAGUGUACUGGGGGCCCAGACCUUUACUUCAGGCCAACACUACUGGGAAGUGGAGUUGGCUGAUAAUACAGAGUGGGAAGUGGGUGUCUGUAAAGAUUCAGUCAGCCAAAAUGGGAACCUCUCCAUGUUACUUGAGGAUGUGACUGCCCUAGCAGGUUACAGAUCUGCAGAUGAUUUCUUCAUCUGGAAAUUACAAAGUGGCUGCUUUCUGAGUAAGCCAAUAGAUAAGAUGGGCAUUUUUCUUGAUUGUGACAAGGGACAUAUAGCAUUUUACAAUGUCCUAGAAGAAACCCUUAUCUACAGUCCCCCAGAAACCAGCUUUCAGGGGACUCUGCGCCCUUACUUUGCUAUUUGUCCUCAUAAUCAAGAAGGAACUCCUGCAUCACUCAGUAUAUGUCCCAGAAUUAAUAAGUGA